AUGAUCCCGUCUAGCAACAGCACAAUCCCUUCGUUACUUCUAAAUGUGAGCACCUUCUUGAAUCAAGACUCCCAAACAAAAGGACUUCCCAGUGAUGAUCCAUGGUUUACUAGCAAAAUAUGGGGGCUGCAAUCUUCCCGGGCAAACGAGAGCGUUUUCUUCCCUACCACAGACCCGACCAAUGGGUCCAAUCCUCCUUCCGAUCCUCUGGGAGGACAUGCUGUCUGGCAAGUUAUCCUGAUUGUUUUCCUCACUGGCAUUCUGGCCCUUGUCACCAUCAUUGGAAACAUCUUGGUGAUUGUGGCGUUUAAAGUCAACAAACAGCUAAAAACAGUUAACAACUACUUUUUGUUGAGUCUUGCGUGCGCAGACCUGAUAAUUGGGAUUAUUUCCAUGAACCUUUUCACCACAUAUAUAAUCAUGGGCCGCUGGGCUUUGGGAAACUUGGCCUGUGAUGUAUGGCUUUCCAUUGACUAUGUGGCAAGCAAUGCUUCUGUCAUGAAUCUGCUGGUCAUCAGUUUUGACAGAUAUUUUUCCAUCACAAGGCCACUUACCUAUAGAGCUAAACGAACAACCAGAAGGGCUGCAGUGAUGAUUGGCUUAGCUUGGAUCAUCUCAUUCAUCCUUUGGGCUCCUGCUAUUCUGUUCUGGCAAUAUUUUGUUGGGGAGCGGACUGUCGAAGAGGGUAAAUGUUAUAUUCAGUUCCUAAAUCAACCUGUCCUCACUAUUGGCACUGCCGUAGCUGCCUUUUAUUUGCCAGUUACUAUUAUGUGUAUCUUGUAUUGGAGGAUAUACAAGGAGACAGAGAAACGUACCAAAGAGUUAGCAGGACUCCAAGCUUCUGGGAGCGAGGGUGAGGCAGCAUGCUUUGUCAACCAAACAGGAAGUUCUAGAAGCUGCAGCAGUUAUGAACUGCAGCAGCAGAACAAAAAACAUACCAAACGAAGAAAAUAUGGGGGCUGCAACUUCUGGAUGACAUCCAAGAGCUGGAAACCCAGUUCAGAUCAGGUUGAUCAGGAGCAUAGCAGCAGCGACAGCUGGAACAACAAUGAUGGCAAUGGAUCCCUUGAGAACUCCGCCUCCUCUGAUGAAGAUGCCAUUGCCUCGGACACGCGAGCCAUCUACUCCAUUGUGCUAAAGCUUCCAGGACAUAGUACAAUUCUCAAUUCUUCAAAACUGCCUUCAUCAGAAGAUCUGCCUGGGUCAGAAGAUGAACUGCAGAAGUUGGACACAGAGUCAAAGGAGCAGAAACCACAAAGGCUUCAUCCACAAAAGAGCACGGAUGAUGAGAAUUUAAAGAAAUGCUUUCCCAAGCUUCCAGUUCAGCAAGCAUCUGCAGUAUAUGGAGGAAAGGCUUCAGACGGCAUUUCCACAGGGAUGAAGGCAUCUAAUGCCUUACCUUUGUCAUUCAAGGAAGCCACCCUGGCCAAGAAGUUCGCCUUGAAGACAAGAAGUCAGAUCACCAAACGAAAGCGAAUAUCACUUAUCAAAGAAAAGAAAGCUGCACAGACACUUAGUGCCAUUUUGCUUGCCUUCAUUAUCACAUGGACCCCAUAUAAUAUCAUGGUCCUGGUAAACACUUUUUGUGACUGUAUCCCAAAAACAAUUUGGGACCUGGGGUAUUGGCUUUGCUACAUCAAUAGUACAGUGAACCCUAUGUGCUAUGCACUGUGUAAUAAAACUUUCAGAACCACAUUCAAGAUGUUACUGCUCUGUCAGUGUGACAAACGUAAACGACGCAGGCAACAAUAUCAGCAGAGACCAUCAGUCAUUUUUCAGAAGCGGAUUCCACGGGAAACUUCAUAGAAUAGUAUUUUUUAACCACAAUAAUAAACAUUAAAGGGAGGGUGGUUGCUGGAGCCAACUACAUAUCUUCAAAGAUGUGAAAGUAGCAGCCUGAUGUAUGUAUCCUUUUAAUACUUCCUGUAUACUGUAACAGUUAAAGAAACAUAAAGCAAAAACAAAUUACAAAUGUAUUUAUUAAAGAACAAUCAGAUACCUGAAAAUUUAUCUACACAAUUCCAAAAAGCUGCAUACUAAACUAUGAGUGAUCUAUUCAGUCCUGCACUUGUUAAUUCAUUCUGGGAUCUCAGGAGAGCACAGACAUAGCUAGCCCACUCCCAAUAUGUUUUUUUCUGAUAAAUCUGGUAGGAUCCAAUUGGACUGAUCUAUUUCAAAAUGUGGGUAUAUGUGUGUUCCGAAUACUGUACAGAUGUCCCAAACAUUUUAGAGCUUCCCAUCUUCUCCUUUUGUGGGUGUAAUGUCAAUUUGUUGACUCGGUUUAUUAAAUAACCUGUGCAGGAACAUCCCAUGCACUCAGCACUUGCUGUCUGUUUACAGGAAAGGUGAGGUCUUGUCUUUCUCAGCAGUAAUUACCAUCACUAUGACAUGUGAGCAGCACAAGGGGCCUUGAAAACAGUUUUUCAGAACUCAUUUAUAUUGUAUUGAUUUGGGCAAUCUUAAAAUUGCAACUCCACAAAAUAAUUUUAUGUACAACAGUGAAGAA